AAAAAACCGUUAAAUAUCCCACGGAUUCAAAAUCAAGCCAAAUGGGAAAUUUCCAAUCCAUCUGGCGGAGCUGUCGCCAAAAGCGUGAACUGCGUGGUGGUGUGCAAAAAGAGAAACUCCGCUGACGAGGAAGGAAGACGGCGGAAAGUGUUGGUGAAAAAAGUGAAGGAAAAGUCGCUAUGAGAAGGAAUUAGUGAUUGUGCGGCAGGGAUUAGAAGAAACUGUGUGAGAAGAUGAAGCACAAUCAACUUUUGAAUACGUCACAGCUCAAGAGACUGGAGAAUCACAAGUAUUCAUGCCAAUCGAGUAGCCUUUUGGAUCCCAUUCUCCAGCCAUGGUGGAACUUCCUGGUGCGAAUGAUUCCUGUCUGGUUGGCGCCCAAUCUCAUCACCAUUGUGGGCUUAGCUGUUAAUAUCCUCACGGCCCUGGUGCUGAUACUAUAUAGUCCUGAUGCCAAGAGUGACCCACCGGCCUGGGCGUGCUUCCUAUGUGCUGCUGGGCUUUUUGCCUAUCAAAGUUUGGAUGCCAUCGAUGGAAAACAGGCACGCCGCACAAAUACCUCAACUCCCCUGGGAGAACUCUUCGAUCACGGCUGCGAUUCCAUCUCGACGGUCUUUGUGGCCCUAUCGGCCUGCAUUUCCGUCCAGAUUGGCCAUCAUCCCUACUGGAUGUUCUUCCAGUGCUUCUGUGCAAUGACACUCUUCUACUGUGCCCACUGGCAGACGUACGUGUCCGGAACCCUGAGAUUCGGCAAGAUCGACGUCACCGAGGCACAGAUCAUCAUCAUGGGGAUUCAUGUGAUAUCAGGCAUCUUUGGUGCUUCCAUCUGGAAGACCAAGAUUGGAGGAAUCGAAGUGUGGUACUUUGUGGCGUGCUCCACGAUAGUUCUUGGUUCUAUGUCACUGGUACAGAUUUUCUCAGUGAUUCUGGCCGGUGGCGUUGGCAAGAAUGGUUCAACAGUUGCUGGAACCAGUGUCCUCUCACCAAUUAUUCCCUUUUCGAUGAUUCUGGUGCCAGCGUUUAUAAUCUCGCAGAAAUCCACCGAGGGUAUCUUUGAGACGUACCCAUCCGUUUACAUCGUGACCUUUGGCAUGGUGGCGGCCAAGGUGACCAAUCGCCUGGUGGUGGCGCACAUGACAAAGAGUGAGAUGGAGUACCUGGAUUGGGGACUCAUUGGGCCACUAAUGCUCUUCCUCAACCAAUACUUCAAUAACUUCCUGCCGGAGAGCUUGGUGCUCUUUGGGGCGACGGUGUGGUGUACAUUCGACCUCAUCAAGUAUUGCUCGCAAGUUUGCGUUGAAAUUUGCAAUCACCUCAACAUACAGCUGUUCAAGAUAUCACCUCAGCCUCACGGGGCGCCAACGAGUGGGAGUUCAGGGUCAGGGAAUCGAGAGGCUGAACACAACAAUGGUGCAAAUCAUGUGCAUGGCACAACGCAGCAACAUCGAAAGCAGAAUCGCGUCAGUCGGAGGUACAAUAAUUAGAAAAAGUGUCUGAGCCGCACUCGAUCAAAAAAAAAAACCUUUUUAGUCACCCUCCCCCUGGAAGCAGCGCCCCAUCGGACAGAUUUUUGCGACUUGUCCAUCGAGGUGUGUAUUGAUGUGAAUUUUUGGGAUGUUGAAAAAGAAAGGAAGAAAGAAAAUUAAUAUUGGGAGUAAAGAAAAAAAAAGUAUAUGGAUGGAAAACAAAAAGAAAAAACAUGAGACUUUCAUUUGCAAUUUUACGUUUAUUCAUGUUGUUUGAAUCUUUUCCUUUUCUUCUCCUUUUCUUUCUCGCUCUCUCUUUUUUUCUAUUUCUUUUUUUUUGCUUAAGGUGCUACGACAAAAAAUUGCAGUAUAUUUUUUUUGUUCCUAGUCUAAUACAUUUUGUUUUCUCAAUCUCUAUCUUAUUUUUCAACAAUAAUUUAAUGUUUUUUUUUAAUUCUUUAAAUCGUAUAUUCUCAACAGUUCUUCUUAUGUCUCUCUCUCUCUCUCAUUAUCUUAUUCUCUCUUUACUAAUUUCUUUUUUUAAUAUUUGCGAAAAAUGGCCAAUUUCGAAUUUUUAAAAUCGUUUUUCAUAAUUUUAUUUUUUUUUAAUUUAAUUUUUCCUGUUUCAGUUUUGAAAAAUUUCUAUUGUGUCCGGCACAAUAUUUUUGCGCAAUUUUAUUCUCAAUUUGUUUUUUUUUUAAUCUUUUGUUCAAGCUCAAUUUGAGAGGAGAAAUAUUUCUAAAAAAUAUAUAUAAUAUCAAAUAAAUAUAUUUACAAA